AUGGCCGACGCACUUGCUUCACAAUUGAACAACACAAGCUUAGGGGACGCAAAUUCAGAUGCGAAGUGGAAGGACCAACUGAAAACGCCUGCGAAAGAUGCCAGACCCCAGACUGAGGAUGUCACCGCUACCAAAGGUCUCGAGUUCGAAGAUUUUUACAUUAAACGUGAGCUUAUGAUGGGCAUCUUCGAGGCUGGCUUCGAGAAACCUUCGCCCAUUCAAGAGGAAACCAUCCCCGUCGCCCUUACUGGUCGAGACAUCCUGGCACGCGCGAAGAAUGGUACAGGAAAAACCGCCGCCUUUGUUAUCCCCACCUUGGAACGGAUCAACCCAAAGAGCACUAAAACGCAGGCCCUUAUCCUUGUCCCGACGAGAGAACUUGCCCUCCAAACAUCCCACGUCUGCAAAACACUCGGAAAACAUCUCGGUAUUAAUGUCAUGGUCACAACCGGAGGAACGGGGUUGAUGGACGACAUCAUUCGACUAAACGACGCCGUCCACAUUCUUGUCGGAACCCCAGGUCGAGUGUUGGAUCUUGCCAGCAAGGGCGUCGCAGACCUUUCGGAAUGCCCUACGUUCGUCAUGGACGAGGCCGACAAGCUGUUGUCGCCUGAGUUCACCCCCGUCAUUGAGCAACUGCUAUCUUUCCACCCCAAGGACCGUCAGGUUAUGCUCUUCAGUGCAACAUUCCCCCUCAUUGUCAAAUCUUUCAAGGACAAACACAUGCGCAACCCUUACGAAAUCAACCUCAUGGAUGAGCUCACACUCCGCGGUAUUACCCAAUACUAUGCGUUUGUGGAGGAGAAGCAGAAAGUCCACUGCCUAAACACCCUCUUCUCGAAGCUCCAGAUUAACCAGUCGAUCAUCUUCUGCAAUUCUACGAAUCGUGUUGAAUUGCUCGCAAAGAAGAUCACGGAACUGGGCUACUCGUGCUUCUAUUCGCACGCAAGAAUGCUGCAACAGCAUCGGAACCGGGUUUUCCACGAUUUCCGGAACGGCGUGUGCCGUAACCUUGUCUGUUCCGAUCUGCUGACACGAGGUAUCGAUAUCCAAGCCGUCAACGUGGUCAUCAACUUCGACUUCCCCAAGAACGCUGAGACCUACCUCCACCGUAUUGGUCGGUCUGGCCGUUUCGGUCACCUGGGUCUCGCAAUCAACCUUAUCAAUUGGGAUGACCGCUUCAACCUGUACAAGAUCGAACAAGAACUGGGCACUGAGAUCCAGCCCAUCCCCCAGAACAUCGACAAGAAGCUCUAUGUCUACGACUCUCCGGAUACGAUCCCCCGCCCGAUUUCUAACCCUUCACAGCCACCUCAGGCAACCGGCAUGCCGUCGGGCCAACACAUUGGAGACCGCCGUCAUAACAAUCAUCCCAACGGAGGCCACUAUCAGUACAACCGUGGACGGGGCUCGUAUCGUGGAGGUCGUGGACAGGGCCCACGCCGCAACGUGCAACAUGAUCAAAACAGGUACAACGCCUCCCAGGGCCAGCACCAAAGCGGCAAAUCUCAGGCAGCCCCCGUAUCAUAG